CUCCUCCCUCUCCCCCUCACAACGAGCUCAGCCGGUCGUACCGGGAAGCCAAGAUGAUCCCAGACUUCCAGCACAGCGUUGGUGUCUGCAGCGCUCCAUCUCCUGCCUGCUACGGGGUCCAGCCCCCGCUCCCUGUCUACGCUGGGGCCCAGCCUCAGCCUCAGCCUCUCCCCUCUCUCUCCGCUUAUCACCCUCCCCUCUACAGUGCCGUCUACAGCCUCCCAUUGGACCCGCGGUUUGGGGUUGGACACGCUGCUGCAGCCACCAGUCUCGUGGGGGACCCUGCUAUCCAGCAGCACGGACACAUGGACGGCUCCCUCCAGCGCUACGGUGCGGCAGCAUCCCAGAGACUUCCCUACGACCCGGGAUACGACCCCGGCUCUGCCAUGGUCCCGGCCGGGGGCAUGGUCCAACAGCACCCCAGCACGGCGAUGAAUAUGGACCCCAAGAGGAUGGUGGACCCAGGGUUCCUGGCGUUCCUCAGAGCCGAGGGUCUGACGGAGAGCACCAUCAGCUUACUCCUCCAGCAGGGCUUUGACUCCACCUCUAUGCUGGGGGUCAUGGAGGAUCAUGACGUCCGUUCUGUAGCCCCUAAUCUGGGCCAGGCCCGCGCGCUGUCCAGCGUGGUGCUCCACUGUAAGCAGCAGCCUGGGGAGUCAGCCUUAGCCGCCCAGCAGCGCAUUAGAGGCCGCUCCAACAGCUUCAGCCACAACAACAACCUCUACAUGCAGGGGAUGCAGAACAUGACCCAGGGGAUGAACAGCAUGGCCAUGGACCCUAACAUGAUGCAGCAGCAGCCACCCACCUCCAUCCAGACCUUCAGCCCCAGGAUGGGAGAGUUCCUGGGCAGGAGACCCAGCAGUGCCCCCUCUCAACACCUCCUGGAGACCACCACGUACGGAGCGCCCCGAGGGACCUUCCCCGUCAGCCCCGGGGGAUACGGUAACGCCGUCACCCAGGCCAGACCCCUAUCCAUGUACAACGCCCACACCGGCAUCGCCAUGUCAGCCCUGCAGCACCAGCAGCCUCCUGCCCCCAACACCCCCGGAGGAGGAACGGCCCCCAAAACCUUCUCUGGUUCUUACUCCCCCAUGGAGCUCAUGAAGAGAGCCCCCAACCUGCCCCCCAUGUCACCUGGGGUGGUCCAGAACCCCCUGCACAGCCCCCAGCUGCUGAGGAAGGGGGCGGCCAACGCAGGGGAGAGCGGUGUGGUCGUACCGGCGUCGUCCACCUCGCACCAGAUGCAGACCCUUAACAACAACAGGACGGCGGGACGCCGAACGGGACCGCCUGUCAUUGUUUCUAGCAUGGCUGCCUCGCCCGAUACAAGUAUCAGGCCCCAGAUCAUGAACGGGCCGAUGCACCCUCGCCCCCUAGUGGCCCUGCUGGACGGGCGCGACUGCACCGUGGAGAUGCCCAUCCUAAAAGACCUGGCCACCGUCGCCUUCUGUGACGCCCAGUCCACCCAGGAGAUACACGAGAAGGUGUUGAACGAGGCGGUAGGGGCCAUGAUGUACCACACCAUCACUCUGACCAGAGAGGACCUGGAGAAGUUCAAGGCUCUACGCAUCAUCAUCCGUAUCGGCAGCGGCUACGACAACAUCGACAUCAAGGCAGCCGGAGAGCUGGGAAUAGCAGUGUGUAACAUCCCGUCGGCCUGCGUGGAGGAGACAGCAGACUCCACCAUGUGUCACGUCCUCAACCUGUACCGACGAAACACCUGGUUGUACCAGGCUCUCCGGGAGGGCACGCGGGUUCAGAGUGUGGAGCAGAUUAGAGAGGUGGCGUCCGGAGCUGCACGCAUCCGUGGGGAAACACUUGGCCUCAUAGGCUUUGGUCGUUCAGGCCAGGCGGUGGCUGUGCGGGCCAAGGUGUUUGGCUUCAACGUGAUCUUCUAUGACCCCUACCUGCAGGACGGCUUGGAGCGUUCCCUGGGCGUCCAGCGAGUCUACACCCUACAGGACCUGCUCUACCAGUCAGACUGCGUCUCUCUGCACUGCAACCUGAACGAACACAACCACCACCUCAUCAACGACUUCACCAUCAAACAGAUGCGUCAGGGUGCGUUCCUGGUGAAUGCAGCACGGGGAGGGCUGGUGGAUGAGAAGGCCCUGGCUCAGGCGCUGAAGGAGGGGAGGAUACGUGGCGCUGCCCUGGACGUGCACGAGACAGAACCGUUCAGUUUUGCUACAGGCCCUCUGAAGGAUGCUCCCAACCUGAUCUGUACACCACACACAGCCUGGUACAGUGAACAGGCUUCUCUAGAAAUGAGAGAGUCAGCUGCCACCGAGAUCCGAAGAGCCAUCACCGGCCGCAUCCCUGACAGCCUAAGAAACUGUGUGAACAAGGAGUUCUUUGUGACCACAGGACCGUGGGCAGUAAUGGACCAGCAAGGUGUCCACCCAGAGCUCAAUGGCACCGCCUACAGAUACCCGCCGGGCGUGAUGGGCAUGGCUCCAGGGGGACCAAUCACCCAUACCCUGCCCUCUGGUACGCACCCUUCCCAGGCCUCCUCGCCCAACCAGCCAGCCUCCAAACACUGUCACGGAGAGACCAGAGAGCACCUCACCGAGCAAUAGCACCCCGACCACCAGCAUAGCAGCCAGCCAGCAGAGGACAACAACAACAACAGGAAGAGCCACAUGCUCAACACCCCCUAUCAAACUCAAACCAACACUCAGAACCAACUCAAGUAAACAAACACAUAAAACAAAAGCUCCCAGCUGAAGUGGGACCAAUAAGAGACAGAAUACAACAUGGCUGAUGUAUACUGUCAGUCCUGGGAAUAAACCUACUGAGCUGUGAAUGAAGAAAGCAGCUCCAUCACGGAUUUGUACUUAACAUUUUAGUUUUGACUGUCUCGUUGGUUCGUACGGUCUCUUUUAGGUUCAGUACCAACUACUACAGUACUCUUUGUUGUUUUGUUUUGGAACAUGCCCGUUUGCUCCGUCGUGUGGGACCAUGAGUCCAGUGUUAGCCAUCUGUCGCCGUCAGGAUAGUGGCAAGCAGAGAGGAGACUGGCAGUCCCCGCCCACACCUCAGAGCAUCAUGGGAAGACUUCCUGACCAGCGGGAGAACGUGAGAGGAAACCUUUGACAUCACGUGAUACUGGACCUGGACUCUGUAAUGUUGGGUCUCCUCUAGGUCUGUUCUGUGUUACACCCCAAAAGAGAACAUUUUGAUCUUCAGUGUGAACGGCAGAAACGACACUAAAAAAAUAUGAUUAUAAACUAUAUUAUCAUAGAACAGAAAGGAAAAUACAUUACAGAUUGCUUUACCAUCAGCAAUUAUAAUCCGAGUGAACUUUAACCCUUUCCUGACCAUCCUGCUAUCGUCAUCCAUGUUACACAGUUGUGUCAGUUCCAGAUAUUUAACCACCAAAAGAGCGCUAAUACACUGCAGCAGAUUGGGGGGAAAUGACCCUUUUCCGCCCUCAGCCACGGAGUAUCAUUAACAACCAAGCGUUGCGUAACCAAGAGGGCAUGUGUUGGCCGAACACUGACAUAAUAUAUUGUAGAUAGAGCCGCCGUGAGGACAAACAGAGCCGGUUACUGUUAGUAUGAAUGUGAUGAUGUUCCGGGAUUCAAUCCAAUAAGCUUUAGAUCCGCGUUAUACGCUAUGAAAGUGACGCGGCGUUACGUCAUACUUCCAGGUUCAGUCCCCCUAAUCUUUCGAACGGGCUUGACGAAUAUAUCAUCAAAUUCAUGAAAACGCGGUCGUUUUAAGAUAUACAAUUAUAUAUUUGUGGAUGAAUUUACUUCGGCCAGAUGCCUUUUUAUGAAGUUUUUUGUGAUGAAGAUCAUUGCGCUGUGUUUUUGCCCGUUGAAGACCAUUCAAAAAGCGUACAAAAGUUCAAAAAAACGUCAAGGCUACUUCCUGGAAAAUGGCGCGUCACUUUCAUAGCGUUUAACGUGCUGGACUUAAAGAUCAUUUACGAUUGAGACGUCAUAUGCACUGUUUACCGUGUCAUCGUGAACUCGGGAACAUUGUCUAAGCCGGGUCUACUAAGCUAACAUAUGGAAUUGUUUUAAGAUGGUCAUACCAAUGAUUUUGAAUUUUAGUACCCCUUUA